AUGCACUUUCUACAACUUCCAGAAUGUCUCGAAGGUGUCUUCAAACACUUGGACAACAAAUCCUUAUACCAAUGUCUCUUCGUUAAUCGUUUCUGGUCUCAAAAUGUGGUUCCUUUUUUCUGGUUUAAUCCUUUCUUAAAUUACAGCCAUUUCACCGAAGCUAGCUACAUUGAUAUCAUUGAAACUUACAUAUCAUGUCUUCCCAAAAAAACACGGGGUCAACUGUUUGUCAACCUUGAACCAGUUGUACUUACAACACCUUCGUUCAACUAUCCGUCUUACUUGCGUCACCUUGAAUUCACGAUAAUUUACAAGUUAAUUAUGAGAUGGACAACAAGGAGAUUCAAGUUUAACAACAAAACCAAUUAUGAUCUUGAAAAUCAAAUCUUCCGAGAAAUUUGGAAUAUGUUAUUGAGUAGCUGUCCGUCAUUCAAGAGUCUUGUGUUGAUAUCAUUGGAUUAUGGUGGAUUUAACGAGAUACUCCACGAUCCGCAUGUCCUAUUCACCUCAACGAAUUGCACCCGAGGACUAUUUGAAAAACUUGAUCUAUUUCACUCUUAUUGCAUGCCCUCAGAAAUAAUUAAUUGCUUCGCUCAAAUUUCCACACAGACUACAAAAAUGAGAAUUACCAAUUCGGAUAUGAAUCCUGGGAUGGAUGCCCUCAUACGAUCUCAGAAGAAUCUUAAAACUGUGGCUUUGAUCAAUUGUUCUAAUUUAUCAAAGGUCUUACAGAUCUUACAUGAGAAUCACUCUUCGAACUUGAUAGAACUAACAAUCAAAGAGAAAGAGUUCGACCCGACGUGGAAUGAAGUCGGACCUGUUAUAUCUUUAGAAAAUCUUCAGAUCCUAACCCUAAAUUCUUCGGCUAUCGUAUUUUCAAAACAGGUCUUGGAAAAGUUUUUAUUCACCACCUACAAAAAUCUCACGGUCUUGGAUGUCGAAAUACAUUCCCCACACAUAAGUCAAUUAGUUACCCUACUUCAGAACACUAACAAUAAACUCGUCUAUUUACGUCUUCUCUGGUAUUAUCAUAAGGAUCCAGAGAACAUCAUGUUGUUGACUAAAACAGUAAUACAAUGUUGUAUCAAUUUAACAUUACUCACAUUUAAAUUAUCAAAAGAAACAAUUCAUCUGCUACCCACAAUCCUAGGAUCAUUAAUUUUAUUAACGGAAGCUUCUUUUUACAAUGCCUCAAGUGAUGCCUCCCAUAUAUACAAUCUUGAAGAGUUAUUGCCAGAAUGUGGAAAGGUAUUACACUGGCCGUUGAAAUAUUUAGGAUUACUUCUCCCUUGGACUAUUACCGCCGAAGCGUUAGAAAUUUUUUUCAAAAAUGCGGAAGCGAACAUGAUCAAAGAAUUUUAUUUGUACACGGAUUCUUUGGAUAGUGGGAAUGUUUCAAAAGAGCACCAGGACAUCCUGGACAUGUACGCAAGUAAAGGUGUGGGUGCAUAUAUUGCGGCGAGGGCUAAUGUAAAACCAGAGAAUGAGCACGCUUAUGACAUCAAGAUGUAA